CUUCCUUCCCGCCCCGCCACCGCCCCUGGUGGCUCUGCCGCUCUAUCCCCGGGAGGAGCCGGCUGUCGCUUGUCCCUGCCGGCCCCGUUGCCCAGGGAACGGGCUCCCGGCAGCCCCUGCGGCCCGGAGUCCGUCCCCGCCUACGCCGGCCCGGCGGGGCCGACGAGUCCGGAGGGGCUGCUGCGGGAGCCCCCAGGUUUCCUUGAUGCCAAGUAAACAUUUCAGUUUCCUGCCUGAAGAUCAUCUGUGGAAACCUUGGCCAUGGCAUCCAUAUCAGAGCCUGUUACCUUCAGAGAGUUCUGCCCUUUGUAUUAUCUCCUCAAUGCCAUUCCCACAAAGAUCCAGAAGGGUUUCCGCUCUAUCGUGGUCUACCUCACAGCCCUCGAUACCAAUGGGGACUACAUUGCCGUGGGCAGCAGCAUCGGCAUGCUCUAUCUGUACUGCCGGCACUUCAACCAGAUGAAAAAAUACAACUUUGAGGGGAAGGCAGAAGCCAUCACGGUGGUGAAGCUGCUGAGCUGCUUUGAUGACCUCGUGGCUGCUGGCACAGCCUCUGGGAGGGUGGCAGUCUUUCAACUUGUCUCUUCAUUGCCAGGGAGAAAUAAGCAGCUUCGGAGAUUUGAUGUCACUGGUAUUCACAAAAAUAGCAUAACAGCUCUGGCUUGGAGCCCCAAUGGAAUGAAAUUGUUCUCUGGAGAUGACAAAGGGAAAAUUGUAUAUUCUUCUCUGGAUCUAGACCAGGGCGUCUGUAACUCCCAUUUGGUGUUAGAAGAGCCGUCUUCAAUUGUGCAGCUGGAUUAUAGCCAGAAAGUGCUACUUGUCUCUACUUUACAAAGAAGUCUGCUUUUUUACACUGAAGAAAAGUCUGUGAGGCAAAUUGGAACACAACCAAGGAAAAGCACUGGGAAAUUUGGGGCUUGUUUUAUACCAGGACUUUGUAAGCAAAGCGAUCUAACCCUGUACGCAUCACGGCCUGGGCUCCGGCUGUGGAAGGCUGACGUCCAUGGGACUGUUCAAGCCACAUUUAUCUUAAAGGAUGUCUUUGCUGGAGGAGUCAAGCCUUUCGAACUGUACCCGCGCCUGGAGUCCUCUGACAGGGGAAGUUGCAGCUUACCCGAGAAACACCUGGGGCUUGUUUCAUGUUUCUUUCAAGAAGGCUGGGUGUUGAGUUGGAAUGAAUACAGUAUCUACCUUCUAGACACCAUCAAUCAGGCCACAAUUGCUGGUUUGGAAGGAUCAGGUGAUAUCGUGUCUGUUUCCUGCACAGAAAAUGAAAUAUUUUUCUUAAAGGGAGACAGAAACAUUAUAAGAAUUUCAAGCAGGCCCGAAGGACUAGGGUCAAUAGUGCGACACACUCUGGAGAUGUCAGGAUGUACAGAGCAAGUCCGUGUGCAGUAUGUGGAGAAGCCAUUGGGGGCCACCGUUUCUGAGACGAGGCUCAGAGGCUCUUCCGUGGCCAGUUCCAUGGCCAGCGAACCGAGGAGCAGGAGCAGCUCGCUCAACUCCACCGACAGCAGCUCUGGGCUCCAGGCAGCCCCGGAGCUGAGCAAGGGCAGCCAGCCCACCUCGCAGAGAUUCAGUGUGAUCAGCUCGGAAGACUUUGACCAGGAGCUCAUUGUGAAGCCUCUCAAAGUGAAAAAGAAGAGGAGGAAGAAGAAGACAGAAGGUGGAAGCAGGAGCGCCUGCCACAGUUCCCUUGAGUCGACUCCCUGCUGUGAGUUUCCUGGUGACAGUCCCCAGUCCUUGAACACAGACCUGCUGUCCAUGACCUCAAGUUUGGGCAGCAUCGUGGAUCGGUUAAGCACAGAGUCUCCCGACCACGAGAGCAACCUCAUUGGAGAGGUGAAUGGUGUCCUGCAGGGAAAUAAUGACCCUGAAGCAUUUAGUGUCCUGGAGGUGCCUGAACCAGUCCCUGACUUACUGAAUAAAGAAAACGACAGUAGAACUGAAAUCCCACAGUGUAACCAAGCAAGCAAGACGAAGUUGCACAAUGGAGUGUUGAGUUCACCCUUGCAAGCGAGGGAAGACGUGGAAGGUAGUGAUGUCAUAGAACUCGAAGAGGAUCCUUGUCCUGUGGAUGAUGGACUGAAUAGCAGACAGUCACCCUGCCAAGAACAGGCCAGCUCUGCUGAGGCCCAGGAGGUGGGAGGCAUGGAGCCUGAUGACCCCCAAAGCACUUUCUCUGAAGCCCCCUUCUUAGACUCACUCCCAGUGCCUUCCAGCCUCAGCUGGGCCCCCAGUGCUGAGCAGUGGCUGCUGGGAACCAGAGCUGAUGAAGGCAGCCCUGAGGAGCUCAGCAAAGAGCAGGGCUUCCUAACGCACACGGACGCCCCUGACCACCUCGGCUCAAAUCUCUGGCAUGCUGUCACUGAUGAUGACACAGGCCAGAAAGCCAUGGCCACUUCCGAAUGUGACUUGGGGGAUGUGGGGGGACGACCGACUCCCCCUGUCUCUACCCUGGCGGCCAGCACCCACGAGCAUCCCCUCGAGCAGCCCUCCCGGGACCAGGUGCUGACGUCCAGUGACGAUGAGGACAUCUAUGCGCAUGGGCUGCCCUCUUCAUGCUCGGAGACGAGCGUGACAGAGCUCGGAGGUAGUCGCUCCCUGCAGGACCUGAGCCAGCCAGGCACAGAUGACACCGGGUUACUAAAGUCAGAUCAGUUUGCAGAAAGCUGGAUGGGCUACUCUGGCCCCGGCUAUGGCAUACUCAGCCUGGCGGUCUCCGAGAAGUACAUUUGGUGCCUGGACUACAAAGGUGGCCUGUUCUGCAGUGCGCUGCCCGGCGCUGGCCUGCGCUGGCAGAAGUUUGAAGAUGCCGUCCAGCAGGUGGCAGUCUCGCCUUCAGGAGCCCUCCUCUGGAAGAUUGAACAGAAAUCUAACCGAGCUUUCGCGUGUGGAAAAGUGACCAUCAAGGGGAGGCGGCACUGGUACGAAGCUCUGCCGCAGGCAGUGUUUGUGGCCCUGAGCGAUGACACGGCCUGGAUCAUCAGGACAAAUGGAGACCUGUACCUGCAGACAGGUCUCAGCGUGGAUCGCCCCUGUGCCAGAGCUGUGAAAGUUGACUGUCCUUACCCACUGUCCCAGGUCACAGCCCGAAACAGCGUGGUGUGGGCCCUGACGGAACAGAGAGCCCUCCUGUACCGGGAGGGCGUGAGCAGCUUCUGUCCGGAAGGGGAGCAGUGGAAAUGUGACAUCGUCAGUGAAAGGCAAGCUUUAGAACCUGUCUGUAUAACUCUCGGGGACCAGCAGACCCUGUGGGCCCUGGACAUCCGAGGAAACCUGUGGUUCAGAACUGGCAUCGUUUCCAAGAAGCCCCAAGGAGAUGAUGACCAUUGGUGGCAAGUGAGCAUCACAGACUACGUGGUGUUCGACCAGUGCAGCUUAUUCCAGACCAUCAUCCACGCCACACACUCAGUGGCCACAGCAGCUCAAGUCCCCGUCGAAAAGGUGGCAGAUAAACUGCGCAUGGCGUUUUGGUCUCAGCAGCUUCAGUGCCAGCCGAGCCUCCUAGGGGUCAACAACAGUGGCGUCUGGAUCUCCUCGGGGAAGAAUGAAUUCCAUGUCGCUAAAGGAAGUCUCGUCGGCACUUACUGGAAUAAUGUUGUUCCCCGUGGGACAGCUUCUGCAACAAAAUGGGCCUUUGUAUUGGCUUCUACUGCCCCCACAAAGGAAGGAAGCUCCUUGUGGCUGUGCCAGAGCAGCAAGGACCUGUAUAGUGUCAGCGCCCAGAACGCCCAGUCGCGCCCGUCCACCGUGCAGCUGCCUCCCGAUGCCGAGAUGAGGGCAUACGCCGCCUGCCAAGAUGCUCUGUGGGCCCUAGACAGCCUCGGCCAGGUGUUUAUCAGGACGCUCUCCAAGAGCUGCCCCACGGGCAUGCACUGGACGAGGCUGGACCUUUCCCAGCUAGGAGCUAUAAAACUGAUGAGCUUGGCAUGUGGAAAUCAGCACAUCUGGGCCUGUGAUUCUAGGGGUGGAGUUUACUUCCGCGUAGGAACCCAGCCUCUGAAUCCCAGUCUGAUGCUUCCAGCCUGGAUAAUGAUUGAGCCACCUGUCCAGCCUGCCGGGGUCACCUUGGUCAGCGUCCAUUCCAGCCCCAACGACCAGAUGCUGUGGGCGCUCGACAGCAGGUGGAAUGUGCACGUCCGAACUGGAAUCACUGAGGAGAUGCCAGUGGGGACCGACUGGGAGCACGUGCCAGGGUUGCAGGCCUGCCAGCUGGCACUGAGCACCAGGACCAUAUGGGCCCGCUGCCCCAACGGUGAUCUCGCCCGACGGUAUGGCGUCACUGACAAAAACCCCGCCGGAGACUACUGGAAGAAAAUUCCCGGAAACGUGACGUGUUUCACAGUGACCUCGUCAGAUGAGCUGUGGGCCGUGGGCCCCCCCGGCUACCUCCUCCAGCGGCUGACAAGGACUUUCAGCCACUCGCACGGUGCCCAAAGCGGCCACGCCACCACCCCCCACCCCGAGGACCUGGAGGAUGAGUGGGAGGUCAUCUGAAAGAGCUCUUGGGUGGAGUCGCCCAGGAAGGAGGAAGCGGAGACUUAUGUGGUGGACACAGUCGGUUUCUGAGUCGCUCGCUCCUAGACAUGCCUCAUCAACUCUUGUCCAGACACGUCUGGCCAGGUUGGACACCCACACUUGCUUUAAUCCAUAUUUGUUUCCGUCUCAUUCCCGAACUCACAGCCUUACCGAGUGAUCCGUUGCUGUAGCAGCAGUGCCUCUGAACUCUUAUGAGGUCAUCUCCAAGUGGGGACAGUGGCUGCUGCCAGUUGCAUGCACUACAGUUACCCCUGUGCUGUGCUCAUGUUCUCAUCACUGACCCCUCCAGGUCCUGUUGUGGAGGAUGACGCGGGGAGCCUCCUGUGGGCAGGACGAGUCACAGCCAGGUCGGGGACAUGCCUGUGAGCUCCCGCAGGCAGCCCCGUUAGUAGCCCCAAGGCCAAAUGGAGCUGAAGGUCAGUGCCUUCCAACCACUGAACGUCUUCCAUGAUGGCUUCAUCUCCAUCACAGCGUCUCUCCACCCCCUCUCUCAGAGACGCAGGUUCCAGCACACAUUCCAUGCUAGACAGCCCAGAUGGGAAACCGAGGCCGUGUUUAAGAGGUGAGGCACUGGGCUGUGCCAGGACAGAGAACACACACGCAUACAACACACAGGCCACACUGUGCCCUCCCUGCCCACUCAUAGGCCGGGGCACGCUCGCUGGCACACGUCAGCCCAAAUAAUAAAGGCCAGUGGAUGAAAGGCUAUGGAAGUGUGCGCGUGUAUCGAGGCCAGGACGGCACAGGAAGGCGCGGUCAGAUGUGGGGGAGCGUAGCCGCGUUAGCCAGCUGAGAUGUGUCUUUAGAGGGAUAUUAACUCAUGCUGGUGGACAUCAGAAAAACCAGAAGCAUCCUCAGAGGAUGAAUCUACUAAUUAUUGCCUUUUUUGUUUGUUGUAUUAUAAACCUGCAUAAGAUACCUCAUUUGAAAUCGAAUCUUACAAAUUUAAAAGAGAAGUGUAUUUUCUGAAAUCAGUGGAAGGCCUUACACUCCUUGCAUGGUUCAUCCUGAGCCUGCACUGUCCUCGGCUGCAGCUUCAGAGAGGGCGGGCAGCCCCCUGCAUGUCCUCGACGUGCAGGGCAGUCAUGGGAACUGCCGGCUGGCUCCAAGACAGAGCCCGGCACUGUCAGUGGGGUGUUUGGGUUGAUACCCCCAGAAGGUUGGACCUGGUGCCUGCUGUGGUCAGUUGCUGUGGCCACAUCAGAUGUCAGCCCUUGGGGUCAGCCUGCAGUGCCCACUCUGCUCGCUGGCAUCUGAGCUCUAGGACUCAGCAGCCCAGCCACGCAUCCCACCCUGAGCCCGCCCCUCCCUCCUGGGGGCUGCACGAGGCAGGACUCCAGCCCCGAUGCUUUUUUUAGCCUGCUUUUGGCCCUGGGCCCGGUACUGGAGGCCUGUUUUCUACUGAGUGAGUGUCCGGGAGCCCCCAGGCUACAGGUGAAGAGCGAUAAAAUAUGUUCUCUGAUAGGACCCAGCCAGCCAUGAAGAUGGAGGUUUUCCAGGUCUAAAUGAGGACGAGAUGCUGAAAUCCCGGAUCUUACUUCACACUUCACUUUUAUAGAAUCCUUUUUUUAAAAGUUUGGUGACAGCAGAGGCCGCCCCAGGCUGGCCGUGGCUCCUCUCCCUCGUCUGUUGUGCCUUGCCCGGCCCCCCUCGAUGGCAAAGCUCUCCUAAUCCCAUGGGACUUUAGUGCAAUUAAACCCAAGUCUAGUUUGAUACUUUUAAAUGACUUUUAGCUUCAGUGCUUUGUACAGUUUACUUUCUGGUUUCAUUUUUAGUUGUGCUUUGAGACAGUGCAAUAAACUAGACUUUUCCAAACCU